AUGGGCAAACACGCUCUUAUUUUCGGUGCCAGUGGUGUGACAGGAUGGUCGUUUGUCAAUGAGAUUUUACAUAACUAUCCUAGCAAGGGUACUUGGGAUGGCGUGGUUGCGAUGACCAAUCGUCCGCUCAAACAAGAAGACUCCUUGUGGCCUGCAGACUCUCGACUGGAGCUUGUUUCUGGCAUCGAUCUACUGAAAGGAAGCCAGGAAGACCUAGAGGCCUCUCUGACAAAGAACAUCAAAGAUGUCAGCAAGAUCACUCAUGUAUACUAUCUUGCGUACAAGGCCAACAAGGAUAUGCAACAAGAACUUGAGGAUGCAGUGAAUAUGUUCAAGCGAUCGACAAUGGCAGUGGAUCGCCUUUGCCCUUCCCUGGAAUUCGUGGUUCUGCAGACUGGUGCGAAGAUGUACGGCUGUCAUUUGCUCGACAACCAUCCGACAGACUACAUUCAAGUACCACUUUCGGAAGAUCAGCCGCGACUCAAAUAUCCUUACCAUGACAUGCUCUUCUAUCAUCCUCAGCUGGACUGGGUCACUAAGUAUGCUAAGGAUAAGAAGUGGAACUGGUGCGAUACUCGACCCGACAUCAUCAUCGGUUUUGUGCCCAACCAGAACUUCUACUCCCUCGGAACAGUUCUCGGUAUCUUCCUCGCUCUAUAUGCGUCUGUCCAAGGCAAGGGAGCUCAAUGCGCGUUUCCAGGCACGUCGAGAUCUUGGAUGGCGAAGUCAAACGACAGCUCGUCGGACAUGAUUGCCAGGCAGACACUACACCUCUCGCUCAAGAUGCCUGCCAAUCAGAAGGGUGGCGGGUUCAACGUCGCUGAUGCCAAGGGAUACGAGUCCUGGAGUACUAAGUGGCCACAACUGUGCGCAUACUUUGGGCUCAAGGGCACGGGACCUCCCAAAGAUGGCGAGAACGCUCCCGAAAUGAGGAAGUACAUUAACGAGCAUCUCGAUGCGUGGAAGAAGCUUGAACAGCAAUAUGGGCUGAAGAAAGGUGUCGCUGACUCAGACUUGACAUUCCAAGGCUUCGAGUACUUCUUAAUGACACAAUUUGACUUUGAUCGACAAUACGACAUGACAAAGACCUACAGCACGCCCACGGAGGAUCCGUUUACGGAGGAACGUUCAGUUAUGGACGCAUGGGGUUCGGUCUUCGAUCGCAUGCGCGAAGGAAAGCUAAUUCCGAAUGAUGCUCGUGCGGAUUCGCCACAGUCAUAG